AUGGAAGCUCCCCCAGUUUUUAUGAAAGAUUUUCAAGAUGCCCACCAAUUUUAUUGUCCAACAGAUGCUCAUUUAUCAGACAUUUCCGCAACAACAAUGAUUCCGUUUAUGGCGGCAGGUUUUGAACAACACCAACAACAACCAUCAUUACAAUUAAAUCAAGAUAAUCAACAAAUUAAUAUUAAUUCUUCCCAACUUUUUACAAAUUAUUCAGAUAUUUAUUCUCUUUGUACAACAAUGAAUCAAGAAGCUAAAGAAAAUGAAAAUUCAUCAUCUUUGAAGGGUCGAGAAAUUAAAGCUGAAUACAACAACAACAACAAUAUUAACAACAAUACAACAACUUCACUUUCUGAAUUAAUGAUGAAAGAGGUUGAUCAACAACAAAAACAGCAACAACAACAAUUAUUACAAGAACAAAUUGAAUUUAAUAAUAGUAUAGAUGGGGGCCAGUCACAAGUUUUUAACAGCUAUAACAACAUUAAUAGUAACAACAGCAGCAUUCAAAAGCCAAUGGAAGCGAAGAAUGGAGGUGAAUGCACUGCUAAUGGUACCUCAGAACAAUUGUUAAUUAUUGCGGGAAAGGAACGGCAAUCUGACAAUGCUCAAUGCGGUAUGUAA